AUGGACCAAAUAAUGUUUCAACGACAACCUGUAAGUUAUCAACCUCCAAAACAAGAAACGGGGACAAUGUCGCUCAGCGAUAGGUUCACCUUAAUUAAGUUGCAAAAACGUGAUAUUACUAAUGAUAAAUCAAAAUCGAACCGGGAAAAACCUCAAAAAUACUACAAGGUUGGACAAGGAAUAGAAAAUCGAUCCGUCUUUAGUCGAAUUGGUGCUGUCACACCUGUUUCAUCUACAUUUUAUAUCAAUCACAAAAAUCAAAAUACGGAAGAGAUUUGGGAUCAAGGAUCAAUUAAUGAUGAUGGAAAUAAGAGAAUGAAGGGAAAUAGAACAAAUCAUGUAGAUUUUAAUUCAAAACUUUUUGUCAUUCAUGAAGAAGAUGGUACGUUUUCUGAAGUAAAGGUGGAAUUUGAAGGAGAUAAUGAGGGAAAAGAAGAAGUCGUGGCACCUAAUUUUCAAAUUGAUCCCGCAACAAGGAUUAUUUCAAGGAGAGCUUGA